GAAUCUCAACGUAGGGUCAUUACUUUAAAAUAUUGGUAAAAAGAGAAAUUGGCGGCUUAAAAAAUCCUGGGGGAUCUCCGAUACAUACGUACUUAAAAACGACUCCCAUCAACCGAGUUAAAUAAUUCUGCAUCUCAAUCAAGCCUGUAUUCAACAAUACCAAGUGGAAAUUUCUGAAAUAUUUAUCACAAAUAGAGCUUUGUCAUUAAGGAUUAUUUCUACUGUAUCUUUUGAAAUUGCUGUUGUCAUAAUUUCUAAAGACCUGAGACAAUCAUUUUGGGGUCUAUAUUGUUGGUAAAUAAGCGUCCAAGCCGAAGACCUGAAGAGAAAUUUGCUGGAAUACAUCGUGAGCAAGAAAAUGCCUGUCCAAGUUAACAGAUACCACGACAUAGUCAAAGAUUUAAUCAGCUACAAAUUUCGACAGAAUCACAUUUUUAUUACAGGUUAUAACGAGGAUUCUAGUACGAAGGCUUCAAGACAUCUAAGACUUAUCGCUGAUGAACUUAUAGCGGAAAAUAACGAACUGUUUGAGUCGAUGUGCGACCAGCUUCAUCUCACACCGACCACAACGUACCCAACUUUCGUGGGAAUCGCCGACGAAAUCUUCCAAACAGGAAAAAACUGGGGGAGAAUCGUAGCAUUUUUGGCUUUUGGAGCGACUCUUGCAGUCUACUGUGCUCAAAGAGAGGAAUUAUUUCAGUUAGUAGAUGAUAUAGUUGAAUGGAUUUCGAGGUAUAUGGAUCAGAAUUUGGCGGAAUGGAUUGAGGAAGAUGGUGGAUGGGAUGGCUUCAUGGAUUUCUUUAAUCAAGAAGACUCAUCAAAAGACGAUUCGAGCAGUGCUAGCAGAUGGGGAAUAGCAGCAGUUGCAGGGAUUGGCAUUGGCGCCUUGUUAAUGCUCGCCACAAGGUGACUUAUGAAUACUCAACAGACAAUAAUACACAUACUCCCGUCACCUUGCAAAGUCUCAUCAGAAACACUGGAAGCUGUUCACACCCCCUACCUUAGGCUUAUUUGAAUCUUUGAAGACAUAUUUGUACAAGUCUUUUGUUGCUGAAGUUGCAGUAUUAGGUAUCUGUAGAAAAGGGCUAAUCAAGCUCCAGACUUUUAACCUACCUAAAUGUAUUAAAAGAAAGGAACAAGCAGGCAUGUAGAUACUUAAGAAUGAAAAAAUGACAUUUUAUAGCAAAUUGGUUGAGCCAAAAGAUGGUUGUGUUUAUGCAUAUACUUAUAUUGGUAAUGAAGACUCUUAUUGUAUUUACAGAUCUGUAUCUUCAAUGAAGAAUUGACAAAUGUAUUGUGAAUAUUGAGAUUGAAUAUAACUUGAAAUUGUAUUUUUUUGGUAGCUGUAAGAUGUAGUUAAAAGGUGGAUAGAAUAUAGAAAAAAGACUCACAUCAAUACAGCAAUUGGYGGAGCAAAAAUAUUCGAACUUGAAAUACAAGCGACAUUCACACUUAAAAGAACAAUGCCUAAAUUCGGCUUGUUUCUUCUUCAUACAACACAGAAAAAAAUGAAUGUUGAAUCUGAAGUGUGGUUCAAACCAAUCCUACGUAAUCAAAUCUUCUAUUUCUGUCCCAUUUUAUAGUUCUUGUCUCAUUCAAUUUAUUUGACUGAAAAGUGGAAGAGUAUCGUAGUUCUCAUGCAUUAUCAAAAUUUCCAAAGAGUGGAUGUACUAUUACUGUAACAUACAGUAUUUAUUAAAUAAAAACAAAAAGUUGCAUCGACGCAACUUAGUAAUUUUACUAACUUUCAAAAAAAAAAUUAGUAUUUUAAUAUAUGAUUUUAUUGGGUGAAUAUUCAGACAUUGUUAUAGCCCUAAUGCAACCACUCAUAGAUUUCUUUUCUAAGAAUUAUAGUCAGUUCUGUAGUCAGUUGUACUAUUUAUUAUUAGGCAUUAUUAGGCUUUUUAAUAGUUAACAAUAUUGGUCAUACGUUUCUACAUUCAAAGUUUGGCACAAAAGUAACAACUAUGAUAAUGUUUAAAAUUGGAAAUACUAAAUUUGCUUGAAUUCAGUGACCAAAUAAUGAUUCAAAGUUGAGUUUAGACUUGCUGUUUUUGUGAUAUCCAACCUCAGCUUUGAAACAUUCUUGCCGUUCAUUUUUCAAGCGCAUUUAGAUAAGGUCCAUUGGUUCGGUUAUAGUUUACCAUGUAUUGUAUAUACCGGUAUAAAUUAAAGUUACAAAUUAGGUUCUUGAAA